UAUUCAGAAAUUGGUUCAAUAAUUGUACAAAAUUUGUGUUUGGAACAAAACGACAAUUAUAAUUUGACAGAGUGGCAGGUGCAGGAGCAGCACCUCGUGAAGAAAAACGCUCUUUAUCUUCCUUCUCCUAUCUGUACCUUAGUUUCCCAAUUCAGGCCCAAAUCUGCAAAUUAGGUUCUCCUAGCCAUUUCAAAGGCAGGCUUCAGUUCAUUCGAGUUUACAAUUGUGUGGCUUCCAAACAAUUAGAUGGGGAAUUGUGUGGCUAAGGUGAACCUGUUUGGAUACUUUUCACAGCCUCAAGCUAAAGAUGAUGAUUCCGAUCAUCAUGUGGAGUUUGCUUCUGGGAAUGUGCAACUUAUUACUACCAAAGAAUCUUGGGACCAAAAGUUGGAACAAGCAAGGGGGGAUGGCAAAAUUGUGAUUGCAAACUUCAGUGCAACGUGGUGUGGCCCUUGUAAGGUGAUCGCACCAUAUUAUUCUGAGUUAUCAGAGAAAUACCCAUCCAUUAUGUUCUUAUUGAUUGAUGUGGAUGAACUAACGGACUUCAGCACUUCGUGGGACAUUAAAGCCACACCAACUUUCUUCUUUCUUAGAGAUGGACAAGAGUUUGACAAACUUGUAGGAGCCAACAAGCCAGAGCUGGAGAAGAAGAUUGCCGCGGCUACUGAUUUAGUUCCCCAGCAUCAAUAGUGAUUGGUGUUUUAUUCCUAUUCGUAAAAGACUAAUAGCUAUGGUCUCCUCUUCUCUCUUCACAAACCUGUGGUGGUGCCUAGUCUACAUGUAUUGCCGUGAUUUUGUCAUUGUAUUUUUUCCUUGGAUGUAAAUAGAUGAUGAUGUGUUUCAAAUGAAUAUCUUCUUUUCAAAAUUUCAAAUUGAUGUCGUUGUAGAUGAAACGAGUUUAUCGUUGAAAUAUGAAGAAUUGUUGUCCCCUU